AUGCCCAAGCAUGAUAUGACAAAAUCGGAUUCCUCGCGAAUCCAGUCAUCACAAGCCAAGAGCGGCGGUGACAUGAGCUCCGGCGGCUUCGCAGCUCGCGCACAGUCGGCCGGAGACCGAUCGGGUGCUUCGCAGGCUGCCCCGACUUCCCAGGGGACGGGGGCUUCGGGCUUCACUGGCAGUUCCUCCGGUUCGAACAAAUCCGGCACUGGGUCUAGUGCCACUUCGGGGACCAAGAAGUAA